GUAUAAAACUAUGUAGGUCAUGUUUGUAAACAAAAGAGCAAAAAUGGAAGUUCAAAAACUUUGCAAGAAUACCACAGAGCAUAGUGAAAAUAAGGACUGUGUUACAUAUUCUGUAGGAGGAGGCUUAAAACAGGGAAUAUUUAACCUAAAUGUGAAAAGAAAUACACACAGAAUUAAACUUUUGAUUUGCGUAUUUUCUCUUUGUGUAUCGCUGACGCUACUUUUGUGUAUAACUUACAUUUUAAUCGAGAUUUUUGAUGCUGAAGCAGCUGAUGCAAACAGACAGACCACGUGUCGUGAAUGUGAGAUUCUGACCAGCUGUGGUGAGGAGGAGGGGGUAACAGAAUAUUCAACAAGGGACGCAUGCUGUAGAAGAUGCACCAUCUUUGCGUACACUUAUCUUAUUUCUUUGAUCACUUCUCAGAAGCUGAUGUACAAUUCUUCAAGUGGACACUAUGAAAGAUUACUUAUUCAAGCAUCCCCAAAUGCAGAAUUAAGAGCAGAGGAUCAUUUAAGAUGGGUGGUGGACAUUUCCAUUCCAUCAACAGAGUUCCAGACAGAAAUGGGACAAAACAGCAUAGUGUUUGAAGUACCAGAAUCUGGAUGGUAUAGCGUCGAAAGUGUUUUCCAGAUGAAAUCCAAAACGAAGAACAGCAACUUGAAUUUAAGACAUUCAAUAAUGCAAGUAAAAAACAAAAAUGAAGGCAACAUUUCACGAGUUUUGUUACAAAAUAACAUAAACUUAACGGAAGAGGAGAUGGCAUAUCAAUCCACACACCUGUCAGCGCUGUUUUGGUUGGACAUAGAAAGUUUGGUGUAUCCUUUGCAUUCCAAUUUGAAUUUGUUAUACAACGCAAAGUCUUGUGACCGAUUUACUAUGUAUUUUGUGCAUGAUUGAUUGUUUUAAUCAGUUUCAUUUGUAUCGUUAUAUAAUACAUCUUGUUUUAUGCAUGUAUAUUUCUAGGUUGUUGUUAUAUAUAAAUAAAGCCAUAUCUUUGGGAAAAAAUAGAGAACGUGUACAUUAUAUAUACUGAUGAAAUAAAUUC